AGCUUUUUGGUAGGUAUUUAAGAGGAGUUAAUUUUUGUUUUUUCAACACCUUGAAAUUAAUUAAGUGGUAAUCAUGUCAAGUGGACAUCAUGCUGGUGAAAAGCCAGGUAGAAUCCAGAGUAUCAAUGCCGAUCAGGAAAUUGUCUUGAAACAAGUCUGGGCCUAUAUUUUCAGAUUCUUUGGCUAUCAACUUGAAAUUGAUGAUGAGGACUUGGCUUACAAGGAAUGUUUCGUCAGCUCCACUCGGUGUACUCAAUUGACUGAUUCUGGAUUUGGUGGGUUGAAUUAUGGGUUGGUCAGAACCGGCACCAAAGAUUCAACCACCUCUUCCCAUAUUUCCCAUAAGACCAGCGCCUCCACUUACAGCACCUUGAACAAAAAGAAGAAGCUGGGUAUUUUGAAGAGGGGAGGCAACAAGAAAAUCGAAGUGCAAGAGGUGAGAGCACCUGCCACAUCCAAGAGAAUGAAAUACAUUCAAUCCAACUCGUCUUUUGAAAAGUACACUGGAAUUGCAAUUGAUCCAAAGGUUGCCUAUGUGUAUAACAAUUUCUACAAGUCAACUUUUGAAAAUAGCGAAGACUACAUGAGUGACAACGAAGACUACGGCGAAGUUGAUGAUGAUGAUGUUUCGAUCAGCUCUUUCUUCACCGCUGAGACAUAUGUUGAUGAACCUGAUAUGAAGGCGUUUGUGUCAGCUGUGGCGUCGUCAAUGAAUAAGAGUGCCUCAGCUUCUUAUCUAGUAGAAGAAAUCAAGGUGAAGCCCAACACUUCUCUCGUCUCUGGAAUCAACAAGUAUGAUCCUAAAAGGUUACACCCAGGUGUUUUCGGUUCUUUGAGAAACGAUGCCUUUGACAACUACAUCUUGAGAUUUGUCAGAGCUAGAAAGUUCAAAACCGAAGAUUCAAUGCACAUGAUUUUCAAGGCCUUGGACUGGAGAACUUCGGAAGACUAUAGGCCAAAUGAGUGGGAAAACGAAGGGGAUGCCCCCUCCUACUUGUCAGGUAAAAAUCCAGGUUUUAUCAGGAACUACACCUCUCAGAAGUCGUUUGUCAGGGGACAUGAUAAGGAAAGAAGUCCAAUUUUCUUCUUUUUUGCCAAGAAGCAUUUGAUUUCUGAGUCACCAUUGGCUGACACACAAAGAUUUGCUGUUUGUACCAUUGAAAGUUGUCGGUUGUUCUUAAGGGAUAUUACUGAUUCGGUUGACACCUGUUCUAUUGUAUUUGAUUUGACUGGAUUCUCCUUGAAGAAUGCUGAUUACAAUGCUAUCAAGUUUUUGGCUGAGGUUUUUGAAGCUUAUUACCCUGAAUGUUUGGGUAAAGUGUUAAUUUUCAAUGCUCCAUGGAUCUUUUCAACUGUGUGGAAUGUUAUUAAGAAUUGGUUAGACCCUGUUGUUGCAUCCAAAAUUCAUUUUGCGAAAGAUUUCAAGGAGUUGAACAAGUUCAUCGACAGAGAAUGGAUUCCUAAGUCUAUGGGAGGUGACGACGAUUAUGAUGGAGAGUACCCAGUUCCAACUGAAAGAGAUGGACACUUUAUGAAGCAGAGAGAUGGAGAUUUCUCAAGGUUGAUGAGGAAAAGAGAUGAAGUGAUAUUGAAGUUUUUAUCCACUACAAAGAAAUGGAUUGAGGCUACCGACCCGGAAAUAAGUGACAAAUACUUGCAAGAUAAGAUCAAUUUGUGUGGAGAGUUGGCUUAUACUUACAUCCAGUUAGAUCCAUACCUUAGGUACCCAGGUUUCUAUGAUAGAAAUGGACUGUUGCAAGUUUCCUGCUAAACGGCUCAGCUCCAAUUAUUUUUAACCAUGUAUUUUUUAUUGAAUCCCCACAAUACACACUUUAUGUUUGUUGGCUUUUUACUAGAUAAUCACAUUUCAAUCAAGGUUUUGGGGUCCCUCAAUAAUUUCCACUUUAGGAAAUCAAAAAGUAGAAGAGGAUGUACCAGGAGAUCAGGGACAGAUUAAACUUGGGAAUGCACCUACUGUGUCUCGAGAACAGUGGCUGUGAGUGUAGUGUUGAUGUAGACUUAGGUCAUAAGAAUUUGUUCUCUUUUAUCAUCAUCAAUAAUAUAGAAUUUGCGAAAAUCAUAGUAACUGGAUAAUUAGAACCAGCUUAUGAAAAUUCCUUUAGAAAUCUCCAAAAAAUACGGAUGAUUAGCAUUCAUAUUAAGCUCCCCACCAAUAACUAAUAGGAUACCCAUCCUUCCAUUAAAGUGCUUAUUAUUCUAAAGAAUUACUGGUAUAUUCAACGGUCGUGUAGAGUCAUUAUGUUUCUAUUGCAUAGAUCUGGUGUAGUGCUGAUGGCAUACUACUACAGACCUACCAUCACAAGUGACCCUCGAUAAAUAAUUAUGAAGCUAACACCUACACCUUUCACGUCAAAAAUGAAUUGAAUCAAUCAAACAUUAUUGCUGGCUCUUCGCCUUACCUUAAAGGCCGAUCGCUUACAGAAACCGCGAAUUUUUUGAUUAAGAGACAAACUUCAAAAUAUAAUAUUC